AGACAUCUUGCUCGUUUGGCAACGGCCUGCUGUCAACCCCGGGCAGAAAGUGGACACAUCGAUCUCCAAGGCGGGCCGAGUGCAGGCAAUCAACAUGGACGAGGAGCUGAGGAAGCUACGCCAGGAUGUGGCUGUCGACUUGUCACCAUCCAGUCCGGCCGUUAUUCCGGCAAUUCCAGAGAAUAAGUCGCCAAUCAACGAGCAAGAUAGGAAAAGUGAGGAGGACAGGGGCAACCCGAACACCCCUGCUUCAAGAGCUUCCAACGAGUUCCAUGAAUGGGAGAUGCUCAGCAGGCACUCAGCCCCCAACUCCCCAAGAUCAUCUACGAAAGGACACUUUGAGGAUGACUCCAAGAUUGAGGUUGCGCCGCUGGCGCCAAGUGAAGACAAGGGACCCCAGGGGCCAGAUGAGCUGAGCGGCGAGAGUUCAGGCCCUGAAGGAUCUCCUGUGGAGGAGUUGCCUUGCUCCAAAGUGGCCAUGCAAGAUGUGGAGGAUGAUGUUGUCCUGCCCCAAGCUCAAGACGCCGCUGCUGAUCCCGCCGAUGUGGCCGAACCCUCCGAUGCCAUUGAGCAGACAGGCGAGCAUGCCAGCCCAGUGAAAGAGGCAGAUGCUGAGGCCGAGCCUGAAGACCACCAAGACAUGCCCGUGGAGGCAAAGGAGGAGCCCAGCCCUCCUGACAGCCCGCACCUGCGCUCCGGCACAUCCUCAUUCAGCCACAUCAGCAGCCCUGCCUCCUACCAUUUUGGCAACAGCGACGACGAGGGAUCUGACUCGGACAGCAGCCAGUGGACCUCCGACGGAGAGGAGGUGGCAAGCAAGGGGCAGGGCAGCCGGGCGGCGCGGUCGGAGGCAGACAGCGAGGAGGCGAUCCAGGACGUUGUGGCAGUCAGCCAGGAGGGCAGCCUGGGCAGCCUCUCCGACAGCGACGCCGGCUUCCGCCGCCUCUCGCGCGCCACCUCUGCCCGCUCUGCCCCCUCCUCCGGGGGUGCAAGUCUGGUGGGCGGCUCUGGCUCAUUCUCCUUCCCAGAGGUGGCCGCUCUGGCGCUGGACCUGGCCUCUCUGGGCUCCGUGUCACCGCAGUCCCCGCGCUCUGCCUCAUCCCUGCAGGGCAGCGUGACCAGCUCUGAUGGCACAGAAGUGGCCGCCGAAGCACCUGACACCGCUUCUGACGAGGCCAAGGCCGCGGCCGAUGCUGCCCUGAGGGCGGCUCAAGACAUAACUGCAGCGGUGGCUGCCGAGUUUGGGGAGGACCGCGCAGAACCUGUUGAUGACGUGGCUGACACAGACACUGCCGUCCGCAAGGAGGUCCCUGCGUUUGAGGAGGGGUACCCAAAGAAGCCCCGGCGCGGCGACGUGAUGGGCGCGCUGCGAGCUGGCAUGGACAAGCUGGCGGCCGCCACUCAGAGCACGCUGCAGUCCAUCGGCUCCACCAACGCCAUCCAGCGCUUCUGGGUCUGCCUGCAGGAGUGGGCGUCUGCGCUGAUGGCGUGCCUGCCGGCAGCGGAGAGGGCGCGCGCUCGGCUGCAGGUGGAGCUGGCGCGCAUGCGUGCCCGGACUCGCUCCAUCGGCUGGUCCCAGAUCGCGCUGGCCGCCAGCCUCGGCAUCAUGGCUGUGGUGGCCGGCUGCGCGCUGGUGAAGAACGCCGCUCUGCACCGCGCCCUGCGCCGCAAGGACAACGAAAUGAACCAGCUCAUCCUCAUGGUUUUCAAUCUCCAGGAGAGCCUGCAGGGAGCGACGCGGGCUUCGCGCGUGCCCAUAGUGCGCCACGCGUGCGCUGUGUCAUCCUUCUCGCCGCUGGGCCACAUCCAGCCGGCCAACAUCGUCUCCUUUGAGGCCCUGAGCGCCACCAAGGCUAUCUACUGCUGAGCCAUCAGCAGGCAGCUCAGGAGGGGCUGCUUCUGGCAAGAAAGGAUGAGAGGUCAUAGGAAAAGUAAAGUGUACUUGUUGCCUCUGCUUUCCCAAGAGUGAGCAGAAGGAAAACUGCUGAUCCAGCGGUGCAUUUGACAAUGGGCUGGUUUUGUCGGCCCACAUAUGAAAAGGAAGGAAUCUGUACAUCAUGUGACAUAAUGUGUUCCUGGACGUUGAGGAAGCGUGGUCCUCACGGAUACUGUGCUCUGGGGCAAGGAGCCAGCCGUUAAUUGUUCUUGGCCAUUGUACAUUGUGGGGAUCACAUAGGGAAGGCCUUGAUGGCCAGAGAAAUUAGCAUUCACCUUCUGGCAAAAAUUGUUGGCAUUUUAUUGCCCUUCUCGGUUCUGGAGGUUAUCUGCCAGUAAGCAAGAUAUUACAAGCGUCUGUCGCCCCAAGAAUUACUCGGCAUCUGCUGAAGAUCCAUGCGAUACUUUGAUGUUUCUGGUUGUGACAAUUCUACUUGUCAAGUAGUACUUGUACCUAAGCCUGGACGCUACUUGUGGGCCCUUUUUGUGGACUCAGCAGGACUGUCCUGAUGUACCAACUCAAACACAGCUUGGAAGGCACAGCAACGCCUGCAAUGCCAUACAAUCAAGAUAUACUCGAAAUGUAGUAAUUGUUGAACAGCACCAUAAUAUAUCGAUUGCAAAAUUGGCAGUACACUUAUGUUGGAUCAGUGCACUGGGCUUCGGCUGAAUGUCUGUUGUGGGAUAAGGAGUGGGGUGUACAUUGUGUGAGCGCUCAGAUGGGCUCAUGAUUGCAGGGUGUACAGUAGAGGAAUUGAGAGAAGCGCCUGCCUUCAUGGGAACAGAAAUACCUGGUGCAUCUUUUUUGUGGGUCUUGCAUGUCAUGUGGCUGGGUGUGGUUCCAAGGAGCAUGCAUUCUUGGCUUCUGUCCAGGACUUGCAAGCUUGGCACUCUCUUCUGCGCAGAUGACAAUGCGGGUACUUGCUGUCUUGCAAGUGAUUAAUGAAUGCAAGGGGGAAGAUCCCUCAGUCGACUGUGAUUUAUUGAGAUAGACUUGUACUGUCCAAUCUGCAGCUGACUGCAUGGCAACACAUAGCAGGUGUAUUAAAAGGGAGCAGUUCCAGGCAAUUCACAUGAUGAUAUAUGGCGCUGAUGCAGAAUAUUGGGCACAGAUGCAUGUAAUAGUAUUGGUCAGUCU